UCUGAAUUGUGUGUCAAAUGUUUCUUCCAUUCCUGUCUCUUCCUUUCCCUGAUCGACAUCAUACAUCGUCUGCCUUAUCAUUUUUCCCUUAUCGAGCACAAGAAUGGAAUAUCUUCCAGGAAGUUACGAAUCUAAGUUGAGUAGUUUAUUUAACAAACCGAGUAAUGGGACAUCUUAUUCCUCCAAUAAACAACCAGAAUAUCCGAUUUAUAUCCCACCAAGCUUAUCAUCUGGAGAUGAAAACGCUUUAGAACAUUACACAACGACCCAACCACCACGACAAAUAUUCCCCCAAUAUCCAUUUCUCUCCCCGACGAGACGUCCCACAUUUUGGGAUGACAAAACGCAAUCCGAGAAAAUCAUCCAGGAUGAUUUUUCGCCCCCAAAUUUCGGCAACAACAUAGUGCUCGAUCUGGACGGAAAUAUUGCUGCCGAUGGGACAAAUUUUGAUGUCACAACUACAAGACCACCUCCAGAUAUUGAAAAAUUGGUGAAUAAAACCAUUUGGAACGUGUCCUCAAUUGUGAACGACUUUCUGACCACGACCACGACGACAACAACCACGCCCAGUAUUCAACCUGCGAACGAGACCACCACUUCCUCCUCAGAUUUGGACCUCAUCGUCCCACCAAACGAGGCUCCGAAUGACGACUUGAACAAGACAACAGCAACAACGCUGAGACCCCACAUUUUUCAAGACUUGAGUCCCGUCGCGUCCACCGAACUUUUAAUCACGUACGGAUUUUUCGUCAUAUUUCUCGCAAUUUUAGGCAUCAUUACGAACUCUGCUACGGUUCAUGUCCUCUUCAAGGACAGUAUCAAUCUUCAUAUUAGAAAGCACUACACUAACAUGACGAUCCUCUCUUUGGCCGUGGUCAAUCUUAUCGGCUCGAUCUUCGUCGGGUUUGGGGGAGGUUUGAAUGUGAUCUGUCUCGGAUUUGGGAGCAUUUCUGAGGGGUCGAAUGUGGUGGAAAUGAUGGUUGUUCCGGAAUCACCACCCAUCGUCACGACUCCGAUGACGAUAAGGCCGACCAACUUCGACAUGAUGAAUUCGAGUGCCAUCGCCACCAUAAUUUCGGCGUAUGCGAACGUCACGUUUGCCGACUUGGCAAGUUUGAAUGAGGCAAAAAUUGGGAAUGACACGUUCAACGGUGCGCAGACUGUAAAUGAGACGCAGAUAUUUCCAUCGAUCAAGAGAAAGGUAAAGUUUCAUGUCAGCAGGAAACGUUGGGAUCACAAUUCACGCGGAGGACUUUGCCAAUUUCAAUGCUUUUUUAAUAAUGUUGCCAAUUUCGUGACAAUUUGGACUCUUGCGGUUAUUUCGAUGGAUCGAUUUUUUGCUCACACGUGGCCCGUAAAAUACAGCGAGUUUAUGAGCCGAACAAAAUUUGCGAUUAUCAUGGUUUUCAUUUGGUUGCAAGGUAUCUUCGUGAGCAGUUUGAGCAUCGAAUUGUGGACUCGGGACAAAUUGUUGGAUAAAGGCGUUUCCUCCGGACUUUGUCAUUGUGCCGUAAAUUGGCUCUACAUUCCGAGAACUGCUCCCUUGGGGGUGGCCUUCUUGAAACUGAUCGCCUUCAUGUGGAUGUCCCUCCUCCCCUACGCAGCCAUCCUCAUCCUCAACUCAAUCAUAAUGAUCCGGUUCGUUCUGGGUAGCGGAGACACCAAAGUGACCACGAUGCCACCCGAAAUUGACAUUCAGGAUCCCUCCCCAAGUGCACGAAGCUUAAACAGAACGUUCAGUUUUGAUCGGGGAAAUCCAGUGAAUCGGUUCUUCCAGUCCAACCCUCACCAGGAUCAAAUGAUUUGGCGCGUGAUGCCGCCCCCUUUGUCGCCUAAUUCACUACAACCCAAUAAUCCUGCCCCCUUUGGAAAUCCCCCCAUCAAGGAACUCUUCUCCUCGACAUUUGCAGGGACGCAGAUGCGGCGUUCUCGACUUUGGGAGUUACACCGACUGAGCCAAACUCACGGGGGGAAAAUUCCCUCGUCAUCUCGCGAGGCUACGACAAAAUCCGUCCUCACGUGCUACUUGGUCGUAAUAUUUUCCUAUAUUUGGCUCCAAACUUGGCCGACGGGUUUGUCCUUCCUCCUUUUUGUGGCGGAUGGUCACGAGGACUCGUUCAUUCUGAUGGAAAUGGUGGCAUUUCUCUUUAAACUGAUCGGAUUUAGUGUGAACGCUGGGAUUUAUUUUUGGCUGAGGAAGGAUUUUCAUGACGCUUUCUCCCUCCUGUUUCGACAGACUUGCGCCUGUGAGAUGGAGCGACGGGGAGGAGGAAGAAAUGUGCGGACUGGGCCGCAGGGGGGAGGAGGUGACGUGCCGGGCGUGGUGGUAGAGGAGGACUGGUAAAUAGAGAGAGAGAGAA